AUGACUUUAGAAGUUCUUGCUCAAUGGGAUUGCAUCAGUUUGUUAAACCGAGGAGAAUACUACGGGAACACAACUAUAUACUGCGAUAAUUAUGCAUGCGGUGACGAGUGCAACAGCUUUGGUUUUAGUCCCGGUCCGGUAUGUGAUUUCACGGGUUAUGACUUGUUACCUUCGUGCUUCAAUGACUUUGGUGAUCAGGUGACGUGCGACGUACCGCCGUGUCAUGAGCAUGCUGGGUGUUACUCAGUGACCACCAAGGGAUCUGACUAUCGAGGCCAAGCCAGCCAUACCGAGAAUGGUUACCGGUGUCAGCCGUGGAACGACGUCGUAGAGGAGUCCUGGGAUGCUUCAUCUUACCCCGACACAGGUUUAGAAGAUAACUUUUGCCGGAAUCCUAAUGAUCGGGACAGACCAUGGUGCUUCUACGUUGAUCGUGACGGUCAUACCAACUGGACCUACUGUGCUAUAUCACCAUGUAAAACCACCGCUCUCUCUGAGUUUACACGCAUUAAAAACUCGUACAACACCGAUGUACCUGAUCCUCCGGGAAACAAUUGGAAUUCGCUAUACUUCGACGAACACACUUUGGAUGUAGAGGAGAAGUGCGCCCUCUUAUGUCUGGAAGAGACGGAAUUUCCCUGUCGUCAAUUUCACGUAGCCCUUGGGCCUGGUUACUGUGAGUGGUUAGAGUACGGUGAAUACCACCACGGCAACCCGGUCGAUUAUCGAUACGACACGAAGGGAGAUGUAUUUCUAAGAAAAGACACUUAUUGUGACGGAUUUUACCGUGGUGUCACUGCAAGCACAUGCAGUCUACCUCUUGGAAUGGAAUCAAGCUGGAUACCAGAUGCUGACAUCCAGGCAUCCAGUUACCUUGAUGAAGACCACGCCCCAAGCUUUGCUCGUCUCCAUAGUGACUCUUCAUGGAUACCCGACCCAGCCGAUCGCGAACCAUUUAUUCAGGUCAGGUUUCCAGAGCGGAUGAUGAUCACUGGACUCCUGAUACAAGGUGGUGGAGAGAGAGACACCAUGUUUACCUCGCUGUUUCAUCUGACUUUUAGUGUACCUGGAUACGACCGUGUUAUCUUUUAUAAACGAUCAUUAUACGAUAACAGUAUACAGUUCUUUUCAGGAAAUUUAGAGUCUACCUGCGUGGUCCAGGUCCUCUUUGAGAGGCCUAUCUUGACUCAUGAGAUCCAAGUCUGGCCCUAUGUACGAUCUGGUCCUGUUGCUCUUAGAUUAGAGUUCCUCGGGUGUAAAGACAAUGGCUGUGACGAAAGUAUCACAGGUGACUCCAUUCCUGCAGCUUAUUUGGAGGCAUCGAGUUUUGGGCAAUCGGGCGAUUCUGAGGGUGCUUUUCAUUUAAACCCAUUCAGAAGGGGAGAUAUUGGCUGGAUACCCGGGCCACCGUGGAGAGACCCUAACCCGUGGUUACAGGUUACGUUCUUCCGGGGCCAUAAUGUGGUUGGCAUGAUGAGCCGGAAGUGUGCGGAUGAAACUCAAGGGCUCGGAUGGCUGACUGUGCUUGAUCUAGAAUGGGCCUCCUCUGGAAAUACAAUUAUUUCUCAAAAUAACAGCCAAAAACUUUAUAAUCUUGUUCUAAACUACACUGGAGAGGGGUCACUUGCUCGACUGUACUUUGAGGAUGUGAUUUAUGACACCCGUGUUGUUCGAAUAAUUCCUACAGAAUGGGGCGGAGAGUACCAGUGUUUGUCAAUGGUUCUGAUGGGUUGUGACUACAGUGAACAUUCGGAGAGUCUUGAUGACAUAGAUCAUGAGCAACUGAUCACUGACGUAACCUGUCUUGGAUGCAAUACCAAUAGUCUAUCGCAGUGGCGUCUUCACCACUACGCAUCUGAUGGGUCAAGUGGAAUUGCAUUCCCAACACAAACUGAAAAAUGGGUUCAGAUUCAGUUUGGACGGAUGUUCAUUGUCUCGGGGUUAGACACACAAGGAGGAACUGGACUGAAUAUAUCGUUUGUAACCGAUCUUGAGAGUCACAUAGAUGAGUACACCCUCUCCUACCAGACAACCUUCGAUGAGGACGAACAAGGAGCUUGGAGAAAGCUCGUUGAUAUGGGAGGAGAACCUUUGAUCUUUUACGGUCUCAGAGAUCCAUUCGGAGUGACUACCAGCAAGAUUGAUCAACCCUUCUUGGCGGUCCGUCUUCGCAUUCAUCUGCGUCAACGUGAAUACGUAUAUUGGGGCAGGGUGCGCUUCCGAAUACGGGGGACUGAAUUAACUGAUAUCUCUCAGUUGUGCACUGACAAUCAGAUCCUCUUCAGAGGCUACUGCAUCGGGGUGAUUGAAACCGAAGGCGACGGCAUUUGCAACGAUGCCUUCCUACCGGGUAGCUACCCGUUGGCCAUCAAGUCGCAGGACAUCCAGAAUCUCCUCCUGGAGAACCGAGAGCGUUUGCCGGUGGCAAAGGAACUCGUCAUCGGAUUGAGGUCGGAUGUGAAUGGAGUUUACAGCUGGCCAGAUGGCACUCCUGUGCUCUACGACAACUUUGCCCCUUUCACAGUGGCGCCGAUAGGAAAAGAAAAGUGCUCUUUCAUUAAUUUCUUCAACUGUUUUGUUUGGGAGUUAUAUGAUUGCACCCCUUCAGAUCGAUCUACAAUAUGCCAGGGUGAUUUGAACGAAUGUUUGGUCGCUGGUCAUAACUGUGCUCACAACUGUGUCAACGAUGAUGGAGGAUAUCACUGUGAAUGCAGAGAUGACUUCCGACUUCGGGUUGACUUUCAAGAACAUGAAGAAUGUGAAGAUGUAUGUUUCAAUUCAUUUGAUGCUGGCUAUCUUCCAUGGGUGAACCUUCGCACGGGAACCUGCUUUCAUCCAGUCAUUCAGAGCGGAACCUAUGAAGAAGCUGUAGAGAGCUGUCAGCUUAUUUACGGAAGAUUACCUAGUCUACUGGAAGUGAGCCAUUUACAGGACUUCUUCAAUAUCACGGGUGAGUUUCUUUGGGCAGCACCACCUCCCGGCUUUGAAGCACCCAAGACGAACAACCCUCUCUGUUAUGCAGCCGAAUUUCCUGCCGUUGGCAAUAUAUCUGCCGGACUAUCUCCAUGCAACGGGACACUGCAGUUUGCAUGCAUAAGAGACGUCUCCAACACGAAGAUACAGGAUCUCUUGGAUGAUGACGUCAGGAAUAUUACCCUCGAUGUCUCAUUCGGGUACAUUGAAUUGCGUGCCUACUCUCCGUGGUAUUAUACAGGGACCACAAUAUCUAUUACCAUCGUUGGACUUCCCGGACUGCAAACAAGGAUAGAUAUAUUAAACAUGGAAUUGCGGACCUUCAACGAUGGUGUGCUAGGUAACAGAUGCUUGGAUACACUGUCUAUCUACGAUCCCACCACACAAGGCUAUCGUGAAAUAUGUGGACAUCUUCCACCGUUCCGUCUCAUCAUGCCACCUGAUAUCGUAUUAGAGAUAUCGAUAGGAGAGCUCCAGGCGACCAUGGAACCCCUAGGCUUCAGUCUGUACUACGAGAUAGUUGACUGUCGGCGGGAGCAGUGCAUCACGGGAUGCGGAGAGAGCAGUCUGGUAUAUGAAGACGGCAUCCUAGGAACGUCUCCCUUUCCAUCAACCUUCUCACCAUUCAGCGAAUGCCAGGUCCAAGUAUUAGGACCACCAGAUCAAUACAUCGCGAUCAAUUUCACGGACUACAGAAUGAACAUGAUGGGGUCUAUGGACAUGUGCUCUGACCUUCUUGUGCUCACAUCACGAGGUGAUUGGAAUCAACCUAUCGAGAGGGGAUGUACCGUUUUCCCAUCAUUUCUCAUCACAAACACCAGUCAAGUAGAUGUUCGUCUCUCUCUUGGUUUAGAAAUGACUUCAGACGGAUUUCAAGCACAUGUCACCUUUGUUGAUAAGCCCGGAUGUUUUGAGAGCAGCUUAGACCAAUGCAUGUCUACUCCCUACGAGUGUGGUGGAACCUCGGGCAUCAUCCUUUCCCCGAACUACCCAGAACUCACCCGAAGUGUCGAGGUGUGUUCGUGGACCAUCACAACUCCAGUGAAUUCCUACAUCAGGCUCAACAUCACAGACUUCGUCUUCAACCUUGAUUGCCCUCGCCAACGUCUGGAGAUUAUCGAGCAAAAUGCAGAGACAGGGGUGCCCACCCAACUGGCUGUAUUUUGCGGAGAUAAUCCACCAUCGGGGAUCUUGGAGAGUAAUCUGAAUUCUGUAUCUGUUGUGCUAUACCUCGAAAACCGCCUUUUGGGGAUAAGACUGUCGUUAGAGUACGAAGCAGCCUACUUCGAACGGCCCUAUUCCAAUGGAUCAGUUUCAGAGCAACAUUGCCCACCCACUCGAGCAGGUGACGCAAGAGCUUGGGACUAUUUCAACGGGAAUUGCUAUCUAUUCGUCCAACAUCCAAAUGAUCUGACAUGGAUGGCUGCCGAAGACGAAUGCACAACCGUUGCCGAAUCGGGCCAUCUUGUCAGUAUACGAAGUAGGGAAGAGGCGAUGUUUAUCCACUACAUGCUGACGUCACAAUGGCCUGUGCAAGGAAUUGACACGUACAUCGGUUUGGGUAGCAGAACUUAUAGUGGUAUAUUUCAAUGGACGGAUGGAUCCCCGAUGACGUACACCGAUUGGUAUAUUCCACCUUUCCCGCAAGGCCAGCCGGAUAGUGAAAUUAUUCGACCCCUAAACGAGCCUGAUGGAGGUGGACUUGAUGCCUGCACUCAGAUUGAGAUUAAUAGCAUCCGAUCGACUGCCUCCUGGCAUGAUAUCCCUUGUCUGGCUCGAUCCAGUAACCAGUUCAUCUGCAAGGUUCCAGCCAUAUCAAGUAACGCAGAUAUCAGGAGCAUGGUCUCAGUGCAGCCCGAAUACAUAAAUCCAUCCAGUGUUCCUAACUGCCCGACUACGAUGAUUACAUGUGGGACUAGGGAGUGUGUCCAUAGUGUGUAUACAUGUGACCGACAUGAAGAUUGUUCGGAUGGCACCGACGAAAGAAAUUGCCCAGAUAUUACAAGCUGUUCGUCAUCCGAAUUUCAAUGUGAGGAUGGUGAAUGCAUCCCGAUCUCCUUUUAUUGUGACAAUAUAGACAACUGUGAUGAUGGAUCAGAUGAGGAAGAUUGUGCACCUUACACCUGUAAUGAGGGGCAAUUUCGCUGUGAUAACGGCCGGUGUAUAGCGGAUAAUCUAAUAUGUGAUUUGGUGGAUCAUUGCUUUGAUAACUCGGAUGAAACUAGUUGCGGGUCUUCUUCUGAGAACAUCUUCACGUGUUAUAGCGGUGAUGAUCAUCCACUCUCUGUGCAAUGUGAUGGCAUCGUGGACUGUAUUGGAAGUUCUGCAGAAGAUGAACUGUCGACAUGUGAAUACAGACAACUGAACCAUGGAUGUAAUGCUGAUGAAAUCCAAUGUAAUAACGGUGCUUGCGUGAGUAGAGACUCGCAGUGUAUCUAUGAUAUUGAUCCUAGUGCCUACAUCACAGGAUGCCGAGACGUGUCCCAUCUAAGGUUGUGUGAUGACUUUGAAUGCCCGGCCUAUUUCACGAAGUGCCCCGGAUCAUACUGUAUCCCGCUGAGGUUUCGAUGUAACGGUGUCUGGGACUGUGCAAAUGGAGAAGAUGAAAUGGAAUGCAGUAGUUUCGUGUGCCCGACAGGAACAUACAGCUGUAGACGCUCGACAAUUUGCCUUCCACCGAACCAGGUCUGUGAUGGAAUUCGACAUUGUUCCGACGCUGACGAUGAGCAAUUUUGCGGUGUAACAUGCCCAGUUGGUUGUAACUGUACUGGGCUGGUCUUCUCCUGCGAUCGACCAACAACUCAAGAAGAAGAUCCUUCUUACGUUUUCUCCCCGACAGCUAGAAAGAUUUCCAUAAUGUCAGUGCCUCUCAUACUUGGACCAGACGUUCAUACAUUAGACGAAGAUCAGGUGUCAGACGAAGAUCACGUGACACCCUAUUAUUCCUUCAAUCCAGUCGAUCAUCCAUUCCUAGCCGAAUUAGAGCUUGUGGAUGAUAAUAUCGAGACAAUUCCCUCCACUUCAUUCACCCAAAACCAAGAUCUAUACUACUUGUCUCUCCGUCAAAAUCCAAUUCAGUACAUUGAAUUUGGUGCUUUCGCCAACUUGACAAAUCUCCGAGUAUUGGAUAUACGGGAAACAACUAUACCCAGUACCGAUGCCAUCCGAAAAGCUUUACAGGAAAUUCCGUCUCUUGAUAAAGUGUAUGCAGAUAGCUUUGCGUUUUGCUGCAUGUUGGAUCUUCAUCCAGCUGAUGCGUCGGACAGCAGCGGUUGCAUCGCGCCAAUAGACCAGUUUUCAUCGUGCGACGACCUCCUGAAGGAGAACACGCUCCGCGUGGCCAUGUGGAUCCUAGGUAUCAGCGCUCUGGCGGGUAACCUCUGCACUAUUGGUCUCAGAGUAUUCCGUCGGAAGUCGGUCUCGUCCACACGCAUCCAAGCGAAAUUGAUCACCCACUUGGCCGUAUCCGAUCUGCUGAUGGGUGUUUAUAUGUUGAUCAUUGCCAUCGCCGAUCAAUACUACAUGGGGGUUUACGCAAUCAAUGCAGAUAGGUGGAGGGGUAGUGUGGUGUGCCGGAUAGCCGGUCUUAUGUCCACGCUCUCCAGUGAAGUAUCCGUUUUCAUUAUCAUGCUCAUCAGCGUAGAUCGCGUCCUUUGUAUUGUGUUUUCCCGGCAUCACCAUCUACAGUUCUCAAACAAGUCCUCUUCGGUAUGCCUCGCGGUGAUGUGGGCCGCCGCUCUUGUCAUUUCGCUGGUACCAGCCUUCCCCCUGAACUACUUUGGUGAUCGAUUCUACGGCAGGUCCAGCGUAUGUCUAGGGCUCCCUCUUUCGGCGGACAGACCUGAUGGGUGGGAAUACUCCCUUUCUAUAUUCCUGGGGUUGAACCUUGUUUGUUUCCUGAUAACCGCCCUCUGUUAUGUUGCCAUAUUCGUCACUGUUCAUCGGUCGGCCAAAAAAGUGGUGAAGGCUAAAGACACAGGCAGACACGUUAAAAACGGAACUAGUAUGCAGGUCAAAUUGGCAACGCGAAUGGCGAUGAUAGUGGGUACGGAUUUUAUAUGCUGGAUGCCAAUCAUCAUUAUGGGUUUGCUGGCAUCAAGUGGAGCCGUUGAAAUACCACCCGAUGUCUACGCGUGGACAGCCGUCUUUAUCCUCCCACUCAAUUCAUCUCUUAAUCCUUAUCUCUAUACCAUCUCCACCGUUUGGCAACAACGUAAGGCAAAACAGAGACAGAAGGAGUUGAGAGAAUCGGAAGGAACACAAUUAUCUGUUUCCGCAGCUGUGGUUGCAUUACCAGAGAGGGCGCCAUUUAACGGUGUUCCUCAGGAGAAGUACACCCACCUUACCACCGAAUGUAUUCUCACACCUUAUAACGCCCAGAACAUUGCCAGGAAUUUAGUUCCGCUAUCAAAAUACAUCGAAGAUAGAGGACAUCCGCCCUCUGUUGUUGACUCUUCGUUGAUUUUAAGUGAUGUUCGGAGGGCCCUGGCUUACCUCAAAUCGAAGUCUAUCACGAAUUUCUCAAUAACAGAAGAUCGGAUUGCUCUACAAUUGAACUCAAAUGAAGAAGUCGUUCGAGCAUUCCUCGUGAAUUGCGACACGGCCCUGCUCGAAGCAACCUCUUCUCCUAAAACCGACAAGAGAGGGAGUAUUCACAGACAUUUUAUGAAUACUCUCAUGGAAAACAUUAAGGAUUUGAAUACAGCAAAUGGCCAACCAAAUGGACAGGGAUCUUUUAAAACAGGCUCGGCAAGGAAGAGAUCAACGAUAGAAAAUACAAAAUAAUUCUCUGAUGAAUUAUAUAAUUGUCAGUCACUGACAAUGUAUUAAAUAGAUUACAUGGUUUGCGGUCGAUUUCAAAUCUUAUAGACUUAAAAUGAAAAAUAUAUAUAUUAUGCAAUAUGUUUUGAUUGUAAUCCUACGGAAUUUACGAACAUUGAAAUGAAUUGAACAUAAUAUGACAAUUAUGUAACGCUCAAACCUUCUUUGAAUUCGAACGAGGAACAACAUUUUUAUGAUACGGUUCGAAUAUGAAAAUUAGCCAGCCGACGGUAUAUUUUCUCUGCCUAUAUUGCAUGUUAUUAUAUAAUUUUUUUUCAGUCCAGUUUAAUUCAUUUAUUUCAAUUCUAAAUCUUUUUAUAAUAAUUCAUGAAACAUAUGAGCAAAUAGAAUAGAGACAUUCGUUUACAUUAAACAUUAAAAAGAAUAAAAGCUACAAUACAUGAAACUGAAAACCAUUAAUAUCAGUUUGUGAUCGAAAUAGUAAGAAAUCAUAUUUAUUUAAACUUUUUACACCAAGAAUGUAAAGACGGCAUUGACAAAUUAUUUAAUGUUGAAAAUCAUCAUUGCUGAAAGUUAUUUUUACACGAGAGGCAUAUUUUGUACACAUAACUUUGAAAAUCAUCAUUGCUGAAAGUUAUUUUUACACGAGAGGCAUAUUUUGUACACAUAACUUUGAAAAUCAUCAUUGCUGAAAGUUAUUUUUACACGAGAGGCAUAUUUUGUACACAUAACUUUGAAUUACCUGAGUCUUCUUUUUAUCGGAUUUUCAUCAAAUUCUAGCCCUUUGCUUGUCGAAUUUUUACUCUAUUUAUUUUAAUACUUUUUUUAGCAUGUGCACUUUUUAAUAAUGUCUCGUGUUUUUGUUUUGUUUGGAUUUUAUGUGUUGGGGAGUAAAAGAAAAGAUGGCUGAUUCCCAAUGGGGAAAAAUACAGUUUACAUCGUGUAUGGCAAUGUGAACACAUAGACCAACGUUGAUAUUCUGAUCUCGGGCGUGUAUUAAACUCUGGUUCAAAAGUAUUGUUUACUAUGGAUAGCCGAUCGUGGCACAGAUAAUAGUACUAUACUACACUUUUUAUUCAUCAACUCAUUUGACCCUGAUAUCCUUUUUCAAAGUCCGCAAAUGAUAAGUGAACUAUGGCAUAUAAACAGAUAUUUGCAUUUGUUGGCUUCCCGUAGUUUAAGUCAGAGUUAGACCGUGGUUUAAGUAACUUAGACUUAGUUAACUUAAAAUUCAACUGGACUUCAAAAUACGGACCAUAGUCAAGAUAUGCAGGCCAUUACGUCCUAGGCAUGUAGUGAAAUAUUUCAUGCAGGUAAUGUGUUGUUUCGAAAACAUAGUUUUUAUUUCGAUUUCAUCCAUUUACAAGGUCAGAAUAUAUUUCUCUUAAAUAAAGAAAUGUCAUGACAACAGAAAGAGUAUGCAUUUUUGUACCAGUAAAGGAAAAUGUUUUCAGCCUUUUCCUGGUAUAGGAAAUAUCUCAGAUAUUAUAUGUCGGAAACCGUCGGAAGGGAAACGAGCGUAAUGGUUCAAAAUAUUGUCUAAGGAUCACAUUUAAAUAUAUCCUUGCGAAAUCUAAAGACAGUAAAAUACAACUCUUUAAAAGAUUUUUUAUACUGUAAAUAUAUGGGAUCUUUAUAUUAAAUAUCAAGCACAAUUUUAUUAUAUGCACGGAAUUAUGCCUGUGAUCAUUGAUGAAAUUAUUUUUUUUUAUUAAAUUGACAACGAGGCUAUGAAGAAAUUUUCUAUCUAUUUUUAUAGAAUGGUUAUAUAUAUUUUUGUUUCUUGCAAUAUCUUUUCGACAUCUUGUCUUUUUCAUGAUGCUGUAAUGCAUUAUGCCUUGAUAAUCUUUUUCAUAGUGUGUGCGCUGGAAAAUUGCACACUAUUAUCUUUACCAUUUUACAAACAGAUGGUACCCACACGGUACUACGGUUGUACCUUAAUGGUACACAAGAUGUUUUUAUUGGUACCACAGGAAUGAAAGGUGUACCACACACGUUCAAUGGUAUCACUGUGUGAUACUCCUGUGGUACCCGUGGUGUACAAAUGAGUACCACAAAAAUUUCCAAUAUAUUGUUAAUCUUAUCAGCAUUAUUAUUAUUAUUAUAUCAUUACCAUCAUAAAUAGCUACGUCGCAGGCUUGUAAUAGUUUAAGGAGUUUGAAUCUUUUUAUUUUAUCUAUUGAACAUGACUCGAUAAUCAAUUUGUUUAUUACUCAAUGUUUAUUUGACAUUCUUCUCCAUGUAGUAUACAUUGAUGUUAUUCAGGUGAACAAUAUUCAGUAGCCUAUCAUUCAUUUCCUAUAAUUUCAUUUCAUUUUUGUUUAUAUUCUUUCCACUACUUCACUCACUCUUUUAAAAUUUCUUUUUUUCUAUCUCGUUUUUCUCCUUAUUUUUCUUCUUUUUUAUUUUAUGUACGUCAAUGAUUAGACUUGUCUGCCUGUAAUGCAAUUUUACUGCUUUAACUUUCCCCCCUUCUUCAAACCCUCCUCCUAUUUAUCCUUCUACUUCUUUAUCUCUCUCCUUCUACUCCUCCUCUUUCUUCUUUCUCUUCUAUCCUUUUAUUCCUGAAUUUGUAUGUUUAUUCUUUUCCCUUUUUUCCUAUUUCGCCGGCCGUCCAUGCCAUUUACCUAUUUUAUUUCUCCCCGAUCCCGUUACACGAUGAAAAGAGGGUAUUAAUCAUAUCUGCAACAUUUAAUCAAAUAAUUGAGCCAAGGCAACGCUUUUAAUGUGAAGUGGCGUUUUUCUUUCGUUAUUUGUAAUACAAACAGAUGUUCAACAUUUUCGCAAAAGUAUAUUAAGAUACCCCCUGUCUGCACGAUGAAUUUGAAUAAAACAUUUCAGAAAAAGA